AUGCAGUUGGAUCAUUUCGAGCCGGGAAAGGCGAGAAUGUUGUUGGAUGGCAAGAAUUUUCGCGAAAUUAAAUGUAAUUGUUGGUCAACAGAAGAGAGGAAACGGGAAUGUGAUAAAACUGGAGUCGAUAUUCAAGUAUUGUCAACAGUCCCAGUGAUGUUUUCGUACUCUGCAGCACCUCAACAUACACUCGAAUUGGCAAGGUAUCUUAAUGAUCAUAUAACUGAAGUUUGCAGAGAAGAUCCAAAACGAUUCGUUGGACUUUGUACUUUACCAAUGCAAUCCCCUGAAUUAUCCGUAAAAGAGUUACAUAGAUGCAUUAAUGAACUUGGAUUUGUUGGUGUUCAAAUCGGAAGUCACAUAAACAAUUGGAAUUUGGAUGCUCCCGAAUUGGAUCAAUUUUGGAAUGCUUGUGAAGAACUUGAUGCGGCUGUUUUUGUUCAUCCUUGGGAUAUGGAAGAUAAAGGCAGAAUGGAAAAAUAUUGGUUCCCUUGGCUCAUCGGAAUGCCCUGUGAAACCACUGUAUCAAUUUGUUCGCUUAUAAUGGGAGGGGUGCUUGAAAGGCAUCCGAGACUUAAAGUGUCGUUUGCACACGGUGGAGGAUCAUUUCCGGCAACAUUAGGACGGAUUGUGCACGGUUUUAAUGUUCGACCUGAUUUAUGUGCUAUAAAAAUCAACAAGGAUCCAUCGGAAUAUCUAGAUCGAAUUCAUGUUGAUUCACUUGUACAUGAUGAAGAAACAUUACGUUUCCUGAUAAAAAAAUUGGGAAUUGACAGGGUAAUGUUGGGAAGUGAUUAUCCCUUCCCGUUAGGAGAACAUCAUCCCGGUAAAUUGAUUGAAGAAUGUGAUUGGUUAACCGAAGAGGAGAAGGAAAAGUUGCUAAGCGGAAACGCACUUAGAUUUUUCGGAAUUGAACAUAAAAAGGAGAUGUUUAUUAAUAUUAUAAAACGUUAA